AUGAGACUUUUCAUCCUGGCCUUCCUCGGGAUCUGCUGUCUCGCUGCAUACACUGUGGAAGGUGUGGGGACUGAAGUCCUAGACAAGACCAUAUGUGUGAGCCUGACUACCCAGCGACUGCCAAUUAAAAACAUCAAGACCUACACCAUCAAGGAGGGUUUCAUGAAAGCAGUGAUAUUUAUUACCAGACGUGGCCUUAAAGUCUGUGCUGAUCCGCAAGUUGAAUGGGUGAAAAAAGCAGUCCGAACAAUAGACAAGUCCACCAGGAGAAAUGUGAGCCAGACCAAGCCUACAGGAGCCCAACAAUCCAGCAGUACAACUGUGACCCUGACUGGGUAG